AUGUCUCUCUUCCCACGAUUUACUCAGGAGUUUGCUCCCAUCUUCCGACUCUUCGACGAGUACGACCGCCAGGCGUUCCGCGGCCUCGAUCGCGAGUUCAACAGCAUCCGCUCCUUUACGCCAAAGUUCGACGUCAAAGAGACGAACGAUGGCUACGAACUGCACGGCGAACUCCCUGGCGUCGACCAGAAAGACAUCAACAUCGAAUGGACGGACAAUAACACGUUGACCAUUUCCGGCCGCCACGAGCAUGUCCGCGAAGAGGGCCAGCGUCCCCAAGGCUUCAUUGAGAACAGCGAGGCACCCCAACAGAAGAAGCUCGGGCACCAGCCCACCGUCGAAGACGAGUCUACCGAGUCAGCCACCACCAACAACAAGAAGGACUCGCAGGUCGCCAAGCAGUCCGAGCAGCACGAAGUCACAAAGCAAGACGACGCAUCCACAUCCAAGUACUGGGUCUCUGAGCGCUCUGUCGGCGAAUUCCACCGCAGCUUUGCCUUCCCCGCGCGCGUCGAUCAGGACGCUGUCAAGGCGAGCUUGAAGAACGGUAUCUUGAGCAUUGUUGUCCCCAAGGCGCAGGCUCCUCAGUCAAGGAAGAUCAACAUUGAGUAA